UUGGGGACUUAACAGUAUUUAGACAAAGCACUUCACUCAAAGAACUGCUUUGGAAGUAUACUAACAUGGGAAACAAUAAAAGUGGAGCUUUGUCAAAAGAAAUCCUGGAGGACCUGCAGUUCAACACAAAAUACUCUGAAGGAGAAUUAUGUACUUGGUACCAGUCCUUUCUAAAGCAGUGCCCAAGUGGGCGGAUUACCAAGCAGGAAUUUGAAAACAUUUAUGCCAGCUUUUUCCCAGAUGCUGACCCAAAAGCCUAUGCCCAGCAUGUGUUUAGAAGUUUUGAUAGUAACAAUGACAAUACCUUGGACUUCAAGGAGUUCAUCAUCGCUCUGCAUAUGACUUCAUCUGGGAAAGCAAAUCAGAAGCUUGAAUGGGCAUUUGCUCUAUAUGAUGUGGAUGGUAAUGGCACUAUAAGCAAAAAUGAAGUCUUGGAGAUGAUUACGGCAAUAUUUAAAAUGAUCAACCCAGGAGAUCUGAAACAACUUCCAGAAGAUGAAAACACUCCAGAAAAGAGGACAGAUAAAAUAUGGACCUUCUUUGGAAAGAAAGAGAAAGAUAAAUUAACAGAAGGAGAAUUUAUACAUGGAAUUAUGAACAAUAAAGAAAUCCUGAGACUGAUACAGUAUGAACCUCAGAAAGUCAAGGAGAGGCUGAAGGAAAAGAAACAAUAACACUUUAUACUUCUGUGACUUCUAUCCAACAUUGUUUACAUUAUGUAUUUAAGUAUUUAACUGCUUAACAUCUGAUUAAUGCUAUAGCAGUAUUACAACCUGCUGUUCUUACACUGUUUACUAAGAAAAUGUGUUUACUUGUCUUCUUAAGAGCACAGAGUUUAUCUAUAGAUUAUACUAAAAGCUCCUUUAACCCUGAAGGUCAUUUACUUAAGAAUCUUGUUUACUGUCAGUGUCUGUUAUAGGCUUUUAGCACCAUGUGUUUAAAAAAUCAAUUGUACCACAUUCUAAACUAUAUAUAAAUAAACAGGCAAAGCUGAUUUUCUGUAUUUUGA